AUUGGUCCGAUAUCGCACGACAUAGGGCGUAUAUACACAUCUGCAUACAUAUGUAUCUCACUGCUCCUCGAACAAUCAGGAUUAAGCAACACUCAAAUACCGCUCCCACAGUUUAAUCUCUUCAGAUUUACCAGUCUGCAUUAUACAUAUAUCUCAAAUAUGGCUGAUAAUAGCUUGACCGAGCGACAUGCACCCAAAGACCCAAUCGCCUCAUCAAAAGCUCAAGAAGCAACCCACAACUUUACUUUCAGGGACGCGACCAUGGAAGAUGUACCUGCGCUCCAGCAAAUGAUUGGUGAUUCGUUAAGAGCUUUGGGGAAAGGGUACUACACGCAAGCCGAGCUCGAUGGUUCAAUAGGGUUUCUCUUCGGCCCAGAUACUUUGCUACUUCAUGAUAAAACGUAUUUCAUCCUCUCCCCCAUUGCAUCUCCAAAUGUCAUCGCCGCGUGUGGCGGAUGGUCUUUUCGACGCACCCUCUACGGAGCUGAUACGGCGCCAAACCAUCUGCGACUUCCUGAGAAACGCGAUCCAGAGAAGGAGCGUGCGAGCAUAAGAGCGAUCUUCACGAAUCCCGAGUGGGCGAGGAAAGGGCUGGGGACGAUGAUGAUGCGGUUUUGCGAGGCUAGGGCAAAAGAGGGAGGGUUUGAGAGGUUGGAAAUGGGGAGUACUUUGAGUGGGGUGUCCCUGUACGAGAAAUGCGGAUACACAAGAAGUGGGAAAGAAGACGUAGUGAGAUGCCCAAACGGAGAAGGAAUAAGAGUUGUACACAUGGUAAAAGACCUACCCACAGAGAUCGAUACGAACAGAGAACCAGUAAAGAAUUGAGGUCAGCCCAAGCUAUGUAUGAUAUACAGAAGCCUGCAGCCAAGGAUUACAUCGGGAUUUCGGAGCCUGAUGUUAGAUUAAACACCAGCCAUCUCAUCAACCUGACUCCAACUAUCUCCUAUUCCCUCCCACUGAUCUCCAUUGAUCAAGAUGACGAUCGUGUAGAUGACCAGACGCAAUCGUCAUAUCAAGCAGUAUACCUUCGGCACCUAUUAAUAACAUCCGGUGCCUAACGGACGCGCCGAGAGGCUAGAAGCAAGACAGUAGACGCAUGCCAUCCAGUCCUCACGUAAUUCCGUUUUGAGAAGAGCAAAGAGUGGUUCAAUAUAUGCGCUCUUCUACAUGCAAUGAUCCAGGCACUCCCGGAGUCUGUACGGACGAUCCACUGCUGAUGAUGUCUGGCGCGACAACCGGCUGUUGCGCUUCGACGACACUGCGACAACGCGACAAUGUUGAUAUCUUGUAAAUACCCGAUCUCAUAAGGCGGGAUGCAUGGAACGUGUAAGCUUCGUAUUCUGGUAACACACCCUAGAUCAUUUGGUGCCAUGGGAGGUUGCUGGUGGAGAUCUCCGAGAGACGCAAUGAUCUUACCACGCUGCGCAGAUC